AGCUGAAUGCCUGGAUUCUGUUCACACAGCGGCAGCAGCGAGAGUGAGACACACACUCAGAGACACACUCAGAGACAUGGUGGUGUGAAUGAGUUGGGGGGGAGAGUGAAAGAGAGAAAGCAAUUCUAGCAAAAGUAAUAGCAGGUUUUCUUUUUCAUAUCGUUGGCGUUAAGUUGAAGGGGGAAAAGUGCGUGAUUACAACAUAUCCGGGCGAAAGUGAGUAAGAGAGUGAAAAGAAAAGGGAGCGUACCCUGUAAUUUCUUUAAGCCGUUGGCCAUACUCCUCAGCCCGGUUAAAGCUGUUUCUCCGAGUGAACAUUUCCUCGCUCGACUCGGAAGAUUUCGGUUGUUUGUUAGCACACAGCAAUUGUGUGCACGUUUCUACGUUGGUUUCGUUCCAUCGAGUGUAUUGGCAAGGUUUAGGUCUCAGAAAACUGAGAAUUAAGACUCCAAUUUCAUUUGGAAUAAGUUCUUAUGCUGUUAUAAGACAUCCUGGUGUUCUUUUUUAAUGUAGAAAACACGUGCCCUAAAGUGACAAGCCUGCUCUCAUCUCCUGAUUGCAUGCCCGCGCGCAGAGGAUCUGAUCCGUCUGGAGUUUGAAAGCGCGCGCGGAGAAGCAAAACUUCUCUUUCUUCGCAAAAGGCCGUGCAUUUAGAGCAAACCGGACUCCUGUGGGACGAUGCUGCGGCUGUUCGUGGCUUGGAGCACUCUGGUAGCGCUGUGCGUGAUGGUGGAGGGAGCGCGCGGUGGCGGCGGCGGUGGUUACGGCAUGAGCAUGUUCGCCGCGCAGUCCUCGCCGCCCGACCCGUGCUACGACGAGAACGGCAACCCCCGCCGCUGCAUCCCCGACUUCGUGAACGCGGCUUUCGGUAAGGAUGUGCGCGCGUCCAGCACGUGCGGCACCCCGGCGGCGCGCUACUGCGUGGUGAGCGAGAAGGGCGACGAGAGGACGCGCGACUGCCACACGUGCGACGCGACCGACCCGAAGAAGGCGCAUCCGGCCGCGUACCUCACAGACCUCAACAACCCGCAUAACCUCACGUGCUGGCAGUCCGAGAGCUACGUGCAGCACCCGCAGAACGUCACUCUCACGCUCUCGCUGGGCAAAAAGUUCGAGGUGACCUACGUGAGUCUGCAGUUCUGCUCGCCGCGGCCCGAGUCCAUGGCCAUCUACAAGUCGAUGGACUACGGUAAGACAUGGACGCCGUUCCAGUUCUACUCAACGCAGUGUAAGAAGAUGUACAACCGACCGAGUCGCGCGGCUAUCACCAAGCAGAACGAGCAGGAGGCCAUCUGCACGGACUCGCACACGGACAUGCAACCGCUCGCAGGCGGCCUCAUCGCUUUCAGCACUCUGGACGGCCGGCCGUCGGCGCAUGAUUUCGAUAAUUCCCCCGUGCUGCAGGACUGGGUCACGGCCACUGAUAUCAAGGUGACGUUCAGCCGCUUGCACACGUUCGGCGACGAGAACGAAGACGACUCGGAGCUGGCCAGGGACUCGUACUUCUACUCCGUGUCCGAUCUGCAGGUGGGUGGCCGCUGCAAAUGUAACGGGCACGCGUCGAAGUGUGUGCGCGACCGCGACGGCAACCUGGUGUGUGAGUGCAAACACAACACUGCGGGACCCGAGUGCGACAGGUGCAAACCCUUCCACUAUGACCGGCCAUGGCAGCGCGCAACGGCCAGAGAAGCCAACGAGUGCGUCGCUUGUCAUUGUAACCUACACGCACGCCGCUGUCGCUUCAACAUGGAGCUGUAUAAGCUGUCAGGACGCAGGAGCGGUGGAGUUUGCCUCAACUGCAGACACAACACCGCCGGACGCCACUGUCACUACUGCAAAGAGGGCUACUACAGAGACAUGACUAAACCCAUCUCACACAGACGUGCCUGCAAAGCAUGUGACUGUCACCCAGUCGGUGCUGCAGGUAAAACCUGUAACCAGACCACAGGCCAGUGUCCGUGCAAGGAUGGUGUGACUGGUAUUACCUGCAACCGCUGUGCUAAAGGCUACCAGCAGAGUCGCUCACCCAUCGCCCCCUGCAUUAAAAUUCCAGUCGCGUCCCCCACUGCAACCUACACCAGUUCUGAAGAACCAACGGACUGUGACUCUCAUUGCAAGGCAUCCAAGGGAAAAAUGAAGGUCACCAUGAAGAAGUACUGCAAGAAAGACUUUGCUGUCCAAGUGCACGUGCUGAAGGGUGACAAGGCAGGCGAGUGGUGGAAGUUCACCAUUAACAUCAUCUCGGUGUACAAGCAGGGCGAGCACCGCAUCCGACGCGGCGACCAGCUGCUGUGGGUGCGUGCCAAGGACGUGGCCUGCAAAUGCCCCAAGAUCAAGCCAGGCAGGAAGUACCUGUUGCUGGGCUCAGACGAUGAGGACUCGCGUGGCCAGAGCGGUGUCGUGGCCGACAAGGCCAGCCUGCUCGUCCCCUGGAAGGACCAGUGGGCCCGUCGUCUCCGCAAGUUCCAGCAGCGUGACAAGAGGGGCAAGUGCUAAAGCAGCUAGCUACAGCAUUCCGCACAGGAAGGAGGGAGAAAAGGAAGGAUUGGAGGAAGGACCGAGCGCUGCUAAGCAGACUGAUAUUGCUAGCCUCUGGUAGAAACAGUUGUGAAGGAAUUCGGAUGUCACAGUUGUCUUCAGCCGUUUUUUUUUCCAGUUUUCUUUCCAAUUUUAUUUUUUAAAAUUGUGGAUUUUGCAGAGUUUGCACCUAAUUUUACAUAUACAGUAUGUAAAGUCAUUUUUCGAGUGAUCAGUUUGGUGUCCCUCACUCUAUUUUUUUCUUUUUAUAUAGCUUGACAUUCCCCUGCCCCUUUUUACUGAUAUUAGCUACUGUCUCGCAUUUCUGGAUCGAGAAUAUCUUUUUUUUUUUUUUUU